CGGCAGGCCGGCCGGCGGCGGCGGCGACCAAGCAGCCCGGCCUGGCCCCGCCCCGCCCCGCCUCGCCCCGUCCCCGUCCCUCCGCCGGCCACGGGGCCGCCCGUGAGGCCGCCUCGGGAGCCGCCCGCAGCCCCCCGCGCCUGAGGAGGAGGCCGGCGGGAAGGAGCCCCGGGCCCCCAUGCGGCGGCUCCAGGAGCGGUUCCGGAGUUUGCAGAAAACCAGGAGAGCGGGCGCUUCCCUGACCUCCUCCGGCAGGCUGUUCCAUAAGAUUCAUGAACCAUCCGGCUCCAGCAAACAGCCGUUACAAACCCACGGGCUAUGAACAUGCUGCUAACUGUUAUACUCAUGCGUUCCUCAUCGUUCCUGCUAUUGUGGGUAGCGCUCUGCUCCAUCGUCUCUCUGAUGACCGGUGGGAAAAGAUAACUGCGUGGAUGUAUGGAGUUGGACUUUGCGCACUCUUCAUUGUAUCCACUGUGUUUCAUAUAAUUUCCUGGAAAAAGAGUCACCUGAGGACUAUGGAGCACUGUUUCCAUAUGUGUGAUAGAAUGAUGAUCUACGUCUUCAUCGCAGCGUCCUAUGCGCCAUGGUUAAAUCUUCGUGAGCUUGGACCUCUGGCAUCCCAUAUGCGUUGGUUUAUCUGGCUUAUGGCUGCUGGAGGAACUGUUUAUGUAUUUCUUUACCACGAAAGGUAUAAAAUUGUGGAGCUCUUUUUCUAUUUAGCAAUGGGGUUUUCCCCUGCUCUGGUGGUCACCUCCAUGAACGACACUGAUGGGCUUCAAGAAGUCGCCUGGGGGGGCCUGAUCUAUUGCGUGGGAGUGAUCUUCUUCAAGAGCGACGGGGUCAUUCCAUUUGCCCACGCCAUCUGGCACCUGUUCGUUGCCACAGCUGCUGCGGUGCAUUAUUAUGCCAUCUGGAAGUAUCUUUACCGAAGUCCUGCAGAGAUCAUCCGCCACUUAUGAUACACAAUACACCUGCACCAUGCUUCCAACUCAGUAUUACUCGGGUAAAAAACGGAUUCUGGAGAAAUGGGGAAUACCUUGUACGGUGGGGUGGGACGGGGGAGGGAAAUGCACUGACUUCAACUGUUUUCUGAACACGUUUACUGUGAACUAAAACGAAUCCUGGAGCUGCUGUCCGUAGGUUAAGUGCUGAACGCACAAUUCUCCGAACACCUUCCCCAUAGAAGUCCCUAUUGAAAUAAACGGGAGUGGCACAGGUGUGUCCCGCAGCUGCUGCUCGUUUCAGGGGGGCUUGCACGUGAACAUUUCUGUGUUGCUUCCUCGGCCGGUGAGCAGCAGCUGCUGUAUGGCACAAAGUCUGGCACACCUAAGACUAUUGACAUCAAUGGACUUCGGCUUGCCUAACUUUGAAUUUGGGGUAAAAGGCCGCGCACUGCGUUACUAAUAGUCCAUUCCACAUUAACAGGAAAAACAGUGUAAAAGAUGGCCGGCUGGCCUGAUGUUUACAAAUUUUUAAAAAAUGUAUUUAAUGGGUUUAGGUUUCUUUGCAACUUUAAACUAAAUGACAGUUUUGAAUUAUGGAAGUUGAUGCAGUAGCAGAGACUCAGUUCCUUUUAAGUUGCUGUCUACCACUUUUUCAUAAACUGUUUUAUUACAUUCAGAUCAUGGAUAGAAAAAUGUAGCUUUUUCUCACCACUUGUAAUUAUGUGAUUUUUAUUAAAAACAAUUUAAGUAUUUUAUAAAUGAAUUUUAAAAGUACAUGUGCUAAGUGAAAGUAUGGUUGCUGUUGUGCAGUUGAACCAACAGUGAAAUGUUGUGAGAAAAGGCUACAUUCCAUAUAAUGUGCUGACAGAUAUACCUCUUAACCAAGGUUUUUAUUGAAACUGUAUGAUGGAUUAAGGAUUUCAAAAUGAGCUCUGCCAAGCUUUAACCUGAAGACCUGUUACCUUCCCCAAGAAACUUGAACAGGCUUGAUUUGGGUUCUCUUUGACAAUAUGAGUAGUGCUAACUCACUCAUGAAACGCAUUCCACAGCACCAUUUCUAGAGUCAGUUGUAGAGAGAGUAAUCGCACUCUGGCAAUGUGGCACUAGCAUCAUGCGGCCAGGAGUUCGUUGCCUAAACCACUCUUGGAAAUCAUCACUGAUUUCGUAAAUGCAUCAGACAUGUUGGUGCUCAAAGGACAAGGUUUCGGUUUUUCAAGAGGGUUUAAGCAGACCGCUCUCCCUGGAGGUCAGUAGGAAGCCGGUCCCUUCGCUGCUCUGUCCUUUCCCCAGCAGAGGGGAGAAAGCGGGGAGUGUUCAUACUUCAUGGUCCUUCACACAACCCAGUGGCCUUUUCAGGGAAGGAAACCUGAAGAACUUGAUCGGUCUCACCAGUUCUGGGACGGAGGAGCCAAACGGGGCUUUCAGCAGGCUGCUUUUUAGCAUCUGGGACAAUGAAACGUGGUAGCAAUUUCGUGGUAGAGCACGUGUGUGAAAGGUGGUGGUUUUGGAAUCCUCACUUGGGUCCAGUUACUGUAACGUGUCCCACUGUGUGAUGAAUGUCUUAUAUUAAGAUUGAAUUUAUUCUUUUUCUAACCUACUCUUUUUCAUGUCAGUAUUUAAAAAAAAAAAAAAACUAAAACGUGUUGCCUUUUUCAGAUUCUACUCUGGAUAUUUGCCUGUCAAAACAGUAGGCCUGUACUGUAGGGAUGGGGGUGUUUUUUCCCCAAGGAAAUGUAAUUUCUUCUAGUCUUGCCAGUGGGUUUUUUCUGUAUUUUAGGAUGAGGUGCCCCUUGUAAGAGGUUUUGCAGGAAGGGAUGGUUCAGAUAAAAGUAGGGCAUUGGAACUCUGCUCCCCCACAGUAUUAGCUCACGCCUGGCGAACUGUCCCACACCAGAGUCACUUCCACCGUUUAGCGGGGCUCCCGAUCAUACACAGGGCUCUGGCGAAGAGGGGUUACAUCACUCCUGUCAAUAUUGUUAGAUGUUCCUAGUGUACAAUUGCAAAAGAGUGGAGAUGCUCAUCGAAACUCAUGCACCGGAACCUCUGGAUGGGGCCGAGCUGGUUAAACUCUCAGCAGCGUGAAAGCGAAACAGCAGACUAGACUGUGACAGUCUUCGAACAUCUGGACACCUCUGCUUUUUUUUUUUUUUUUUACAAAUUAAUGGGUCUGACUUAUAUUUUCUUGUGAGUCCACGAACUCUGUUCAAGUGCAGUACUGUUAAGACCACUAUAUGUAAAGCUCUACGCUUUUUGUUAAAACUAUGAAACUGGCUCCGGUAAGUUCUGCCUUUUCAAUGUGUGUGUUUUUAAGAGUGAAAAGUGUUUGCUUUUUUAAGAAAACAAAGAAUUGAACUCGCCAAAAAUACUUUGAAUUCUGUCUAGUCUCUGAAGUUUUAAAUGUAUUAGAUUAAUGCGAAUAAACUUUUUGUGCAGUUUGGAA